AUGGACACGUCUCCAAAGUUACCUCAAGUAGGAGAUGACGUUCAAUUGGGUGAGAAGAUGAAAACUGAAAAAGAAGCCAUAUUGUGUACUCCAUUCUGUGAAGAUAAUUGCGCCUUCCGGGGUAAGCACAAUGAGUUGAUUCUGUCGCUUGUUAGACUGCACGAAACGGACCGAAUAAGCCUGGAAGAAUGGAAGGCGUCUGUAAUUAGUGGCAAAUUAACGUGCGACCUCAACGAGCCCUUGCAAGACCCGAAUCCUAAUCCUGAUUUUUGUUUCUCUUUACUGCACUGGGCAGCUGUGCUUGGAAAGGUUAAGGCCAUCGAGUGGCUUUUGACCCAAGAUCUGGUUACCUUAAGAAGAGACAAUACACAGGUUGAGUCCAAUAAAAAAGUCGUAUUUUCUAUGGUGCGAUAUCUUCAUGAGGGAGUCAAGACCAAGGAUCCGAGCAAAAUAUCAAUGACCUUUGGCAAAAUACUCGAUCUGCUACUAAAACAAGAUCCGGGUCUACUCUUAGUUAAGGAGGAUGACACAAGCAACACAAUCCUACACCUGUGUGCCCAAGGAGAGGAGGAUUCAAAUGCUCCCUUCCUAAAGUACUUGAGGAUGACACUGGUUAAGCUUAACGAAAUUUCAGCCAAGAAUAAAGCACUGACUUUGCAAACAAUUUUAGAGCAAAAGAAUGGAGAAGGUGACACAUUUAUCGAAGUAGCUGCCAAAUUUCAAAACCAAAAGGAGGCAGGAGAUCUAAUCGACUUCGUCAGAGAAAAAUUUCCCUUGUCCACAAAAAAUGCACAAGAUACGUUGAAAAAGAGGACAUUUGACGCUAUAGAAAACGACGAUGACGAUGAUGUUGAUAAGAACGACGUCGAAGCCGACGAUGAGCAUUUAAAUGCUACAGAUUUUCGAAACGAGGAACAAGGGUGCUAUGCGGUAUAUAAGCCAGUUCAGACUCCACCAGCAAAAAUUCCCAGGAUAACCGAUGAAUCCCAGGAUCCCUUGCCAGUUGGAGUGCGUCCGCGUUUGGAUGAAUCAAACUUGCGACAUUUGGAUAACGUAAGUCAAUCCAACGUCUCUCUGCUUCCAGUUGAGGAACCUAUCGGGGGCUUAGCAAGUUCUAAUCAUGGUGUAAAACUUAGUGGCUUAGAACCGUCAACCACCUCAGACGUUGCUUCCGAAACGGAAAGCAGCACGAAUGAAAUAACAGAAGCAAAGGCCGUAGUUAAGAAUUUGAUACAGAAAAUGGAACAAAAGUUGUUACAAGAAGGAAACAAAUUAAAGGACGCUACAUUGGAACGGGCAAAAAUGGAAUUGGAAAUCACGAAGCUGCAAAGACAAAAAAUCCAAAAAGACGCUGAAAUCAAAGAGAUGGAGAAAACAAUGAGUGAUAUUAAAGGACAACUCAAUGAAUUCAAGACAUCUUUAAUGGAUCUUGCGAAGCCUGAUAAUGGUAAAUAA